GGCUCGUCACGUCCGGGCGGCGGAGAUGCCGGUUAAAUUAAUUAUUUCCGCAGCAGAGCUUCUUGCAGAAGGACCACCACACUGGUUUGCACUUAGGAAAAUAUGAAAAUAAGCAGGGAGUGUUGUUCUCUCUGAACUAAAAAAAAAACUAAAAAAAAAAAAAUCUGUGCCUUGCUGAGAACAGCUGCAGGAGUUGGACAUUUGAAUCAAUGUUAUCGGAUGAGUUAGAAUCCAAACCUGAGCUGCUGGUUCAGUUUGUUCAAAAUACUUCUAUUCCACUGGGACAAGGACUGGUGGAAUCAGAACCAAAAGACAUCACCUGUCUCUCUCUGCUUCCUGUUACUGAGACCUCAGAAUGCAACAGACUCAUGUUGCCAGAUGAUGAAAGAGAUCUCGCUUCUCCAAGUCACACUAAUUCUUCCAAAGAUGUUUCUUCAUCUGCUGUCUUGAGAAGUCUCCAGGUAAAUGUAGGCCCUGAUGGAGAGGAGACAAGGGCACAGAACGUACAGAAACCAUCUGAACUUCUGUCAACUCCAGAAACUUCUAGUUUAUUGCAAGACUUCCAGCCCAGCGACAGCACUUCAUUCAUUCUUCUCAACCUAACAAGAGCAGGGCUGGGGUCUCCCGCAGAGCACUUGGUGUUUGUUCAGGAUGAAGCAGAAGAUUCUGGCAAUGACUUUCUCUCCCAUGACAGCACAGACAGCAGUACCCCAUGGUUCCUACGAGUGCAGGAAUUGGCCCAUGACAGUUUAAUUGCUGCCACUCGGGCACAGCUCGCAAAGAAUGCCAAAGCAAGCAAUAAUGGGGAAAAUGUUCAUCUUUGCACAGGAGAUGGGCAACCAAAAGAUUCAAGCCCCAUUCCUCAUUUAUCUCGUGUGGAAAGAAAGCUGAAGUGCACAGUUGAGGGCUGUGAUCGGACAUUUGUAUGGCCAGCUCACUUCAAGUAUCAUCUGAAAACACACCGUAACGACCGCUCCUUCACCUGCCCAGCAGAAGGCUGUGGAAAAAGUUUCUACGUCUUGCAGAGGCUGAAGGUGCACAUGAGAACUCACAAUGGUGAAAAACCCUUUGUGUGCACAGAACUGGGCUGUGGUAAACAGUUCACAACAGCUGGAAAUCUGAAGAACCACCUACGAAUUCACACUGGGGAAAAACCCUUUCUGUGUCAGGCACAGGGAUGUGGUCGCUCCUUUGCUGAAUACUCCAGUCUUCGGAAACAUUUGGUUGUCCACUCAGGAGUGAAGCCCCAUCAGUGCCAAAUUUGUGGGAAGACAUUUUCCCAGAGUGGUAGCAGAAAUGUGCAUAUGAGGAAACACCACUCUCGAAUUGGAACAGCUGGCAGCAGGGAGCGAGAACAGCCAGAGUCACUGAUGGGCAGCAGUUUGCUGGAAGAAUCGACAGUGCAUAGUAAGAAUCUCAUCUCCAUGAACUCUCAGCCCAGCCUUGGUGUUGAGUCUCUGCACCUGCCAGACACUGAGUCAAUUAUUGGAGUAGAAGAGGGUGAGACCAGCUGCUCUUUUUUCCGCCCUCUUAUAUGUGGUGACUGAGAUGGGAUCGAUCAUUCCACCUUGAGGCUCACCACAUUGCAGUGGGAUGAAUGAACAUUGCUUUAACUGUGCACAGAGGGGUGGGUAGAUAGUGGAUGAAUCCUAAAACUGGAGUUGGAGAAGAUCUACUGGACCAAGUUUCUCUCUUGCAGAGUUUGAAAGGUGAAGUCUACUUAGGUGUCACUUAGCCCAUGUUGUGGAACGCCAUUUCAAAACUGCUUAUGCAGUCCAUCUCCUAAAGCCUAAAGUGUUUGUUUUGCUGGAGCACCUAGGAGCCCCAGCUAAGGACCAGGACCUCAUUGUGCUAGGCACUGUUCAAAUAUUCAGUAUCUUGAGCAACAGGCCUUCCUUCCACCCUUUACCUUCAGAGACUAUAUUCUAAUACAUCUCACUGUCAGAAGCUGACUUACUAUAUGAAAUAAAUGUACUACUUGUUAUCAUUUGGUUAUAUUUGCUGUGUUCUGUUCCUGCUUUUCCCAGUCAUUUUUCUCCAAAAUGUUUUUGGUAUAUCAAGCUCUUUAAAUGAGUCUUCCACAUGGUGUUCUGAAUACUUUGUUAACUUAAAGAGCCUUCACAACUGGUGUUACUGAGAAUGCAGAGUUUUGCUAAGGUACUGUGUAUCUGUAAUAGCUUCUAUGCAAAGGGAAUGCCUAGAGUUUAUAUUUCUCCCUAGCUGAAUGGAAAGGUAGUGCUGCUGCUGGUACAGAUAUUGUAACCUGGAGGUUCCUGCAGAAGCUCCACCAGGUACCUGGGAAUCAAAGUGAUGCAGCUUGGCUGCCAUCUCAGCAAUUGAUGGGAGAUACUCCAGUGAGAUGUCUUCUUUUCUACAGUAUUUCUGUAGGUUAGCUGAACAGGCUGUAAAUCUUGUAACUGAAUAUAACCAAAUAUUUUCAUAAAAUGCAAAAAUCCAGAACCAUAGUUGAAACUCUUUAUUUCCAUACAAUUUUUGAGAAAUAUUAGGAGAGUACAGCUCUCUUUUAGGAUUACAGAAACGUAAUCCUCCUUUCAGAACAAAACUUUGUUUAGCAAGAGAGAUGUGAGUUUCAGUUACUUAGUUUGAUGCUUUUACUUUAUUGCAUUUCUGCAAUUUCAGUUUAGGGACCAAUAUGAAGGCUUUAAUUUAUUUGUUAUUAUAUUCAUGCAUGUCACCUUAGUAUUUUUUAAAAGGAUAUGGCAUAAUAAUUUAAACUUUUGUUCCUCCUUUCUUAGGGUUUCCCUUUUGACUUCACAUACUUGGAAACUUCUUUUUUCAGCACCAUUAACUAUUAUUAUGGAAAUCAGCAACCAAUUUUAGUAAAUACCCUUUAAAAUGUAUGUAUUAAAAUUUCAGUCCCACUGCUCCAAAUAUAUCCAUACAAAGAGGCUUUAAACCACAGACUUAGAGCAUGGAAGUAAUCUUCUUUCCUUCCUCUUUCAAUGUGGCAAGGCACGGUGACAAUGGUUACAUCACUGCUCUUUUCCAGGGGGUACCCAGAGAAAGAACAGCCUCUGGAUGUCCUACACAAUUAAACCUGUGUAGGAACUGGUACACUGGAACAGCCUUUCUGGAACCCUCCAAGGAGCUGAAGCCUGUUCUCAGUGUGGAGACUGAGUCACUAAUGAGGAUGUUGCAGUUUGGUGCAUUCAGUCUGUAGUGUAGCAGUGUGAAACCCCUGGGCCACAAAUCCUUGGAUUUAGUACUUUGUUAUGAUUUUUAAUCAUGCAUUAUUUCAGUUUUAUAUCUUUGUCUAAUGUGGUAGGUCUGACAGGUACUGUAUUUCUGACUUGAUGAUAAGGCUGUGUUGUUACAGUGUAAGGAAGAAAGGAUUGAGGUGACAAAAAGAGACACAUCUUGUAUUUAAGUAAGUGAGGAAAAGAUGACUGAUAAGGAAAAUUGAGCAAUACGGAAACAUCCUAUUUAUUUGAA